ACGACGCAACAGAGGCAGCACGGUGCUGAUCUGGGCUCUGAGCGCAGAUCUCGCAGUUCGCUCGAGCGUCACGGAUAGCUUGGUUUUCUUUGCUAUGUGUAGGAUUACGAUUAUCUCGAUAUACGACACAAGUUGCUGACCACUGAAUUACUCGUUUGGCAUUCUCGGGUAUCAAGAAAAGACAGAGAAACUCCGAUAAGGUGACAACAUCAAGACACUGUCACAGAGGUAAAAAUGGAAGAACAGUGGGGAAUCGAUGACACGUUGGAUUUUAGUCAGGCACCAGUUAAUAUGUCUUCUUUUGAAGAAGGACGCGCUCCUUGCCGUGGUAAAGGCCGAGGCGCAAUGCUGUACAAUAACAAUGACACAGAUUACAAUGUAGGAGGCUCCUAUAAUAGUAAACAAACAAAUGAAGAAAACUAUGAUAAUAAUACCUACAGUGAAGAUACUGAAAAUAAUAGAUAUAAUGGCGAUAAUAAUAAUAAAUUUGGAGACAGACAAGACAAUGAUAGGCGUUAUGGAAAUAACAGAAGUGACAAUGAUCGUAGGUGGCAAGGCAAUAAGGAUAGGAACAAUAGUAGGCGAAACAGGGAUGAUAAUGAUGGUGAAAAUAAUGACUUCAACGGAAGUUAUCAGAAUGAUAGAAAAGACAGACCCAGGAGAGAUAGAGAUGAAAAUAGGGUUGGAAGAGGUGGCGGUUAUAGCAGAAACAGGGAUGGCGAUGAUAAUGAUAGAGGUGGAAAAGGUGGUGGUUAUGGCAGAAACAGGGAUGGCAGUGAUAAUGAUAGAGGUGGAAGAGGUGGUGGUUACGGUAGAAACAGGAAUGGCGAUGAUAAUGACAGAGGUGGAAGAGGUGGUGGUUAUGGUAGAAACAGAGAUGGCGAUGAUAAUGACAGAGGUGGAAGAGGAGGUGGUAGUUACGGUAGAAACAGAGGUGACGAUAAUAAUGAUGGCGAAAACAGGAGACGUAGAAGAAACGGCGAUGAGUCCAAAGAAGGUGACGAUAAAGAAGAACAAAAGAAGAGAGAGAUUUAUAUUCCUCCAGAGCAACCUGAUGACGAAAAUUCGUUAUUUGGAAACGAUGUGACAAUGGGAAUAAACUUCAAUAAAUAUGAUGAUAUUGAAGUAAAAGUGAGCGGUGAGAAUGCACCGCAUCCAAUACAAUCCUUCGAUCAGUCUGGUCUCAGAACUAUCCUAUUGGAAAAUAUCAAAAAGUCAGGUUAUACAAAACCUACUCCUGUUCAAAAGUACGCCAUUCCGAUUAUAAUGAGCGGCCGGGACUUGAUGGCUUGCGCGCAAACAGGUUCAGGAAAAACUGCGGCGUUUGUAGUUCCUAUCUUACACACUCUAUUGGAAGAUCCAAAAGAUUUAAUUAAAACGUCCACUUCCUGCGAACCACAUGUAAUUAUUAUAUCGCCUACACGCGAGCUUACAUCACAGAUUCAUCAGCAAGUCAAGAAAUUUUCUUUAGGUUCCAUCAUACGUGCCGAGCUUGCUUACGGAGGAACAUCCGUUGUGCAUCAAUCAAAUAGAGUGCUUAACGGUUGCCAUAUUCUAGUCGCAACUCCAGGUAGACUGUUAGAUUUUAUGGGACGAGGCAAGAUUCGACUUUCUUCCUUACGUUUUCUUGUACUGGAUGAAGCUGACAGAAUGCUUGAUAUGGGUUUUUUGCCGGAUAUUGAAAAGUUAAUAGAUCACGAAACAAUGGCACCUGUAGAAGAAAGGCAGACUCUUAUGUUUUCCGCUACAUUCCCAAAUGAAAUACAAGAACUCGCGGGUAGAUUUUUACGAAAUUAUUUAUUCCUCGCAGUUGGGAUUGUCGGUGGUGCUUGUGCUGAUGUAGAACAGAACUUUUAUCAAGCAUCUGGUCAAUCUGAAAAGCGAAAAUUGCUGAAAGAAUUGGUAGAGAAACAACAUCAACUAGGAAAUAUAGAAGGUACUUUAGUAUUCGUUGAACAGAAAAGACACACGGAUUUUAUCGCGGCCUUCUUGUCGGAAAGCAAUUUUCCAACAACCAGUAUACAUGGUGACAGAUUACAAAGAGAACGAGAAGAAGCUCUAUACGAUUUCAAACGAGGAAAAAUGUUGAUUUUGGUGGCAACGGCAGUUGCCGCGCGAGGCUUGGAUAUUAAAAAUGUCUCGCAUGUAAUUAACUUUGAUUUGCCAAAGACGAUUGACGAAUAUGUUCAUAGAAUCGGACGAACUGGUCGGGUUGGAAAUCGCGGCAAAGCAACUUCAUUUUUUGAUUCAAGUACUGAUAUGCCUCUCACUGAUGAUUUGAUGAAAAUUUUGAAACAAGCUGGUCAACCGGUACCUGACUGGUUAGAAUCUGGUGGCAGUGGCGGGAGUAGAACCUUCAUGCCAGGAAAGGGAAGGAGAUUCGGCGGGGAAGAUAUUAGAGGCAACAAGAAUGCAUAUGGUGAUGAGACGUAUGAAGACGCUGGUUAUGCACCUCCUAUACAAGCAGAACCGGAAGAAGAAUGGUAGAGAUUAGAAGCUUCAUAUUUAUUUUACACAAUGUGUAAAAUACUACUUUGCUUUCUUUAAUUUUAAAAAGUACAAUAGCUUUUA